UCUAGAGGUAACCCCUCUCCCUCCGUCAUACACUCCAUCCCCUCCCCCUUCCUACCUUAUUUGCUCACUCCCACCAUCGCUAACGCUCACUCUCAUAUUCAGUCGCGGCGGAGCUCAGGUCGGAAUAACGGUGCGGGCGAAUGAUGCUGGGAAUGAUGCCUGCGGUUGGAGCCGUGGGAGUCGGGCUGUUCUGCGCUCUACUUGUCGCCUUCAUGCCCGGUGGCAUGUCAGACAUAGCGACUCUGGUGCAGGACCCGGUCCGACCCGAAUCGUCCCUGCUGAAGCCAAAAAUCAUGAUCGCCAUUCUGGCUCGCAACGCGGCGCACAGCCUGCCGCACUACCUGGGCUGCAUCGACAGGCUAGACUACCCGAAGGAGCGGAUCGCUAUAUGGGCAGCGACAGACCACAGUGUGGACAACAGCACAGCCAUGCUGAGGGAGUGGCUGAAGCAGGCCCAGGACCAGUACCACUAUGUGGAGUGGAGACCCAUGGAGCAGCCCAAGUCCUAUACUGAUGAGUGGGGGCCCAAGCACUGGCCUCCGUCCCGCUUCAACCAUGUGAUGAAGCUGAGGCAGGCUGCUCUGAAGGCAGCACGGGAACGCUGGGCAGAUUAUAUACUGUUUGCAGACAGUGAUAACCUGCUGACCAACCCCAGGAUCCUGAACCUACUCAUGGCUGAGAACCUGACUCUGGUGGCCCCCAUGCUGGAGUCUCGCUCUCUCUACUCCAACUUCUGGUGUGGCAUCACUCCCCAGGGUUACUAUAAGCGUACUCCAGACUACCAGCCAAUCAGGGAGUGGAAGCGUCUGGGUUGCUUCGCCGUACCCAUGGUGCACUCUACCUUCCUGUUAGACCUGAGGCGUGACGCAAGUCGGGAGCUGGCCUUCUACCCCCCUCACCCUGACUACAGCUGGGCCUUCGAUGACAUCAUGGUAUUCUCCUUCUCCGCCCGACAGGCAGAUGUCCAGAUGUAUGUGUGUAACAGAGAACACUAUGGCUUCCUGCCGGUUCCUCUGAAGGCCUCACAGAAUGUUGACGAGGAGAAGGAGAGCUUCACACACACUAUCGCUGAGGCCAUGAUUGACCACAACAUAGAGCCCUCAGAGUACUUGUACAAUCCCCUGAUGCCGCAGGACAAGAUGGGCUUUGAUGAGAUCUUCCUGAUCAAUCUGAAACGUCGUCUGGACAGGAGACAGAGAAUGUUGAGCACCAUGACCUCUCUGGGUCUGCAGGCCACCCUUACUGACGCAGUGGAUGGCAAGGCUCUGAACACUUCUCAACUGCAGGCGUUGGGUAUAGAGAUGAUUCCAGGUUAUCAGGACCCAUACUCUGGCCGUGUUCUAACCAGAGGAGAGAUAGGCUGCUUCCUCAGCCACCACUCCACCUGGGUACAGUUGGUGGAGCGUGGUCUUUCCAAGGUGCUGGUGUUGGAGGAUGAUGUGAGGUUUGAGCCCAGAUUUAAGAGGCGAAUGAUGACCAUCAUGGAGGAAGUAGAGAAGGCCCAGCUGGACUGGGAUCUCAUCUAUGUGGGGCGUAAGCGUAUGCAAGUGCGUCAGCCGGAGCGUUCAGUGGAAGGGGUUAAUAACCUGGUGGAGGCGGACUACUCGUAUUGGACGCUGGGCUAUGCUCUGUCAGUGCAGGGUGCCAGGAAGCUGCUGGCUGCUCAGGCCUUCAGCAAGAUGCUACCUGUUGAUGAGUUCCUCCCUGUCAUGUUCAACAAACACCCCAAUUCUGACUUCAUGUCUCACUUUGAGCCUCGGGACCUGAAGGCCUUCUCCGUGGAACCCCUCCUCCUCUACCCCACCCACUACACGGGCGAGCCAGGCUACGUCAGCGACACAGAGACCUCCACCAUCUGGGACGACGAGGCCACCGCCACCGACUGGGACCGCCAGCACCAGCAUGCCAGGAAGACAGAACAGCAAGGCCGCAUCCACACCGUGGCCCAGAACAGUGUGACGGGUGACUCACCUCCACCCGCUGCCCGCUCCACACGAGACGAACUCUGAGGAAGAAGAGAUAGACUUGUUUACACACAGACAUACGCAUAGAUUUACACACACACACACCUGGACGGACACACACUGCACAGGCAUGUGCACUGCACACACACACUCACACUCAAAGACCCAACCAACUGGAUACACACUAAACUGCUCCGCUCGGUGCUCUUUCUCAUUGGCUAUCUGCUGGCUAAUAGCAUAACAGCAGGCUAAGAUGCGAAUCCCAUUGGCUGCCUGGAGUGGGGCGGAGUGGUCUGUGCACUGAGGAAUAGGAGUUGGGCUUCAGGCCCAGGACCCCAGCUUAAUUUAUUCCCCAUCCACUCUACAUGACACAUACACACACACACCUUGGAGAGAUGCAGAGAAGGACUGGGGGGGGGGCUGAAAAACCACACCAUGCUGGACUAUAUGAGAGACACUGGGACAAACCGGGACUCUGCAACAUGUGGAAGACAGAUAUUGCUGUUGGCAGUGCAGAGAUACAAUUCACAAAUAAAUCUUUUUUUAUUGUUAAAAAGGAUUAAUAUUGUAAUUUAAAAAUAACAGAUGUGGUUUAUGGUCAGGAAUAAAGUUAUCUUACAGCUGUC